CAGAGCAGACAGCAGAGAGACAGGCAGAGGCAGAGCGGCCGCCCUACCAGUCAACCACCGCUUCGUUCUCCUUCCCCACACCGCUCGCCCCACUUCCCGAUUCCCAUCUUCUCCGAGCUCCCCGCCUCACGUCUAUAAAUAAGGCGCCAGCGGCGCCCAUCAAUUCGCGUCACCGCGUACCGAGAGCGCGAAUCAUUCCGCGCGCCGCAAAAACCUAGCCCAGCCACCGCCCGCCGAUCCCCUCCCAUGGCGGCCACCACCAGCCAGGCAAGCCUCCUCCUCCAGAAGCAGCUCAGAGAUCUAGCGAAGCACCCGGUGGAUGGGUUCUCGGCUGGGCUGGUCGACGACAGCAACGUGUUCGAGUGGCAGGUCACCAUCAUCGGCCCGCCCGACACCCUAUACACGGUUCUAUACUGGCCUAAUGGACUAGCAAGCAGUGGAGCUAUUAGUGAUGGAGGGUACUUCAAUGCUAUAAUGAGCUUCCCUCAAAAUUACCCGAACAGCCCACCAUCAGUCAGAUUUACAUCUGAAAUGUGGCAUCCGAAUGUUUAUCCUGAUGGGCGGGUGUGUAUCUCUAUUCUUCAUCCACCUGGUGAAGAUCCCAACGGCUAUGAGCUUGCCAGUGAGCGUUGGACACCUGUGCAUACAGUUGAAAGUAUAGUUCUAAGCAUUAUUUCUAUGCUCUCUAGUCCAAAUGACGAGUCUCCAGCAAAUAUUGAGGCAGCUAAAGAGUGGAGGGAGAAGAGGGAGGACUUCAAGAAAAAGGUUAGGCGCAUCGUGCGGAAAUCACAGGAAAUGCUCUGAAGAAAAUGGGUAUACUGUGGAAUCUAACCCCGUGUCAGUGUCAGGCCGCAAGAUUUUGCUGUCGAUCUCCAAAUGUUCAUCUGAUGCCAGCGUCUUGUAUAUUCUCCACUUAGCGUCUGUCCAUUGGUUGAUAGUGGUUUUGUCUCCAGAAAUGCACUGGGACGGGUCGCGUAUUCUAAAGAUUCGAUUGUAUCGUGUGUCUUGGGCAACCAAUGUUGAUAAACUUGAAAUGCUAAAUUUUAUCAUAACUUUGGUAGUGAACCUGGUAUAAACUGACGCCACUUAUGUUA